CUUGCUUUAUCCGAAUUGGUCAAGUUCCAACCUUCAAUCGUCAAUCAUCUAUCGCUAAUUGUUAGUGUGAUUUAGCCUUUAAACCUGUUAUUUCUAUAAAACUAGUUCUGAAGUCUCCGCUACGAACCGCCACCGUACAAAUCGAUAAAUUGAGUAGUGAUAGAUUUAAGAAUAUGAUAGAACAAUUGUGAUAGUGAUGGAUUCAACAGUGAGUUAGGUGCAUUUUUUUCUUAUAUUGAAAUAUAGGUUGACGGAUGUAUCAGCUGAUUCUUUCGGCUGCUAGUGAUCGUAAGCUCUUUUUAUAGGACAGCAUUUUCUACGUAAUUAUGAAUUGUUUGUAAUUGAGAACGUAAAAUUUUAUUUCGCUACUUUUAACAAUUCAACGUCAAGCAUGAAUUUAACGAUCAAAAGAAUGUUGGAAAGUUUGAAAAAUACGAGGUGUAUACUCAAUAAGAGUACACGUGUUUUAAUGUUUGGUAAUAUAAAUACACAAGCCAGAUAUAAAAGUAUUACAACGAAACCUAACGUUAUAAUACAGAAUCAAUAUCAACGAAAGGAUGUGAACGUUGGAUUGUAUGGAUAUAGCUUGUUGGCUAUACCCAUCGUUGCUUUUGGGCUUGGUACAUGGCAAAUUAAGAGGUGGCGAUGGAAGUUGAAUUUAAUAGACAAUCUAGAGCAACGUACCACAGCUGAGCCAAUUGAUUUACCACUGAACCUAUAUGAAUUAGAAGACAAGGAAUACUAUCGUGUAAAAAUAAAAGGCAAGUUCAUAUAUGACAAGGAAUUCUUGAUAGGACCCAGAAGCCUUAUUAUAAAAGGUCAAGGAUUAAGUGAGAAAGGUGGUGGUGUAUUUUCUAGCAAAUCAAACACAGGAUAUUAUGUGGUUACACCUUUCAAACUAGAAGAUCGCGACAUGACUAUCAUGGUGAAUCGUGGAUGGAUUCCUAAAAACGCACGCUUUACAUACAAACAGGAAGAUAAGAUUACGAAUUCGAUGGAGAUUGUGGGUAUUGUUAGAACCACUGAAAAGCGACCGCCGUUUGUACCACUCAAUAGUCCUAUGAGUGGAAUCUGGCACUACAGAGAUUUAAAGGAGAUGGCAAAGGUGGCAGAAGCAGAACCCGUGUACAUAGAAUUGUCAGUUGGUUAUGGCACUCCCAAAGGUCCAAUCGGCGGUCAGACGAAAAUAGUUUUAAGGAACGAGCAUUUAAGUUACAUAGUCACUUGGUACUCUUGUAGUUUGCGUUACUUCCUUAAAUACAAGCUACAUCAUAGCCUUAAUAAGUCGUUUUAUCGCAUCACCUUUACAAAACGUGUCAAGAAAUAGAAUGCAUUAUAAGUCUUCGUUAAGCGUCUUACGUAAUAUUGGCAAACAUGAUCAUCACGCAGAUUAUUCGAACCAAGGUAAAUUAUUGAAUCGAGCAAAACGAAACGGGUGCAAAACUGGAGAAGAACACGUAGCUCGUAACAUACUUUAUUUCAUAAACAUAACAAGUGCGAGUGUGCUCCGUUUCGCAGAAAUAUCAUCCAGUUGCUCCCUCGGUGAGGGGGAGGGAGGAAGAAACACCCCCGAUCUUCUCCUUCGCUACCGUUAACAACGAUAAUGACAACUAAUAACAGCGAUUUUCACAAAUCGCUAGACUAAAAGAGCCGCCAGCCGAUGGUCAUGGUGUAUACAAUUUACUUCAACGAAACAUUCAGCAUAAAAAAUACCUUUAUACAAAUAUGAAAAUAUACAAUAUACAAGUUACAUUUAUUUCGUGGUAUGUCCGCAUU